GUUUCCAAUUUCGCCAUGAACACAUCGGCCAAAAGGGGACCUAAGGGAGAUCCCAUUCGGUACGUCACCCCAUUGAACUGGAAUUAUUCCUCUGCAAUCCUUUUUUUAUCGUUCAUUUGCCUUACGCUUUGUGUUGAUUUAUCGAGGUUGAUUGCAUGUGGUGUCGCCCUGGACACAAUCGGAGUUAUUGCUCCACUGGCGAAUGGAUCAAACUCAACGGUCACUGUUUCCAGCGUGGACGCGUAUCAAGGACGUGAGAUGGACUAUAUCAUUCUGUCCUGUGUCCGCUCUAAUCCCCAUCGGAUUGUGGGGUUUCUGAAAAACCCGCGACGGCUGAACGUGGCCCUGACUCGUGCUCGACGAGGUUUGAUAUUAAUUGGCAACCCGGAAACAUUAAGCAAGCUUCUAGUUGCUUUAACGUUGUGUACCAGCGUCUUGUGGUUGAUGCUUAUUACCGAAAUUUGGUUUGAAUGCAUACUUUUCAGAUCUUUCACUGUCAUUGAAAGGUUUUCUUUAUUCUUCGUGACCAAAUGCUCCACGGUCGACAGACAACGAGUGCUUGAACGAGUCGUGAGAACAACCCAAGAGUUAUGA